ACUGUGACAUUACUUUCCAGUCGGAAUUACUACUGAAUCAGUGAAGAAAAAAUUGAAGACAUUUGACUUGAAAAAUAAAUCUUUAACCAACAACAAAAAUCAAUAAGGAAUCAAUUCAACAAAAUGGAUAAAGGACUCAUCAAAUUUCUGCUAGUCAUCGGCUUUCUAUCACUUUUACAUGCCGCAUAUUCGGCUGCACAACAUCGAACAUACCUACGAGACACCGAUCAAGAAAGAACAAACACAUUCCUUCCCUUAGAUAUCAUCGUACAAGCGGUGACGAGUCUAUUUCUAAUCAUUUACAGUUUGCUGCAUGUUGUUGGUGAUUUCAAAGAGAUUCGUGCCACAAUCGAUUUACAAGCCAAAUCAUGGGAAACACUUUCAAACAUACCAUCGUUUUAUAUAUUUAAUCAUCGUGGAAAGAAUUUAUCGCGUACCGACCAAGAGGUCGAAGAUCUCGAAAAUUAGAUCAAUUGAAAUGUCAAACUAGUUUAUAAAUUAAUUAAAACUUUUGUUUCUCACCGUCAGAACCAAAAUCAAAUACAGAAAGAAAAACUGAUGAAUUAAAAACACA